GCAGCUCUCCUGUCCCCUGGAAGCGGAAACAGCAGGGGCAGUUUGGGUAACUUCAAGCAGUCUAGAAGUCGCAAUUGGGUCGUUUAAUCAAGUCAUUUUUAAUAUUUAAUGUGCGUGUCGGCAAUGGCUUGGAAGUGAAAAGAAUGAGGAUAUCGUCAAGUUACUAAAGAUACAUAGGGAAAAGAAAACAAGAGUGAGAUGACAGACGAGAGAGAGAGAGAUUCACUCCUAAUACUACCGGAGAACCAAACAGUACAGGAUCCCAGCAAAGUAAAGUGGACAGAGAGUGGAAUGAAGCCCUUGGAGAAGACUGGCCCGUAUAUCAUGACCAAACCUCCUACCAUUCACCUCAAACUGCAGAAAGACAGAGAGCAGGCUAGGAAGGCGCUAAAGAAGAAAGGACUGCUGGGAGGACCAGUCGUCCAGCAGCCGAAACUGGGAGCAAAGAGGAGUGUAAAGUUCAAUAAGGGGUACUCUGCUCUGAGUCAGAAUGCUGAGGACACGCUUGUAUCCCUGGAUUCAGACAGUGAAGUUGAGCUGGAGCCUCAACACUCCUCUGGAUACUCCUCUGCAGAGGUAAACCAGGACCUGAACCGGCAGCUUCUGCAGGACGGCUACCACCUGGAUGAGACUCCUGAUGACGAGGACUUGGACCUGAUUCCACCCAAAGCCGGAGGGUCCCCCUCAUGUGCGUGCUGCUGUGAUGAGAGCCCCUCCUGCUUUAUUCAGUAACACUGACUGGAGGCAGGGGGCAUCUCGGACACUUUGCACUGUGGGAGAGUAAGAGUUUAGAACAAACUGAAUACCCAUCCAACACCUUUUUCAAAUAUACAGUGUUCCCCGUUCUAAUGUGCACUUUAUAGCACGGAAACCAUUUGCCACGUAACGCCAGUACAGGAGCACUUUUUACCCCUUACAAUGCGGAACACAAACAGCACAGUCUUGUAACAAUGGCUCCCCACUACAGCAUUGUAAAGGCAGAACAGUGCAAUCAACCUUGCUUUGAUAAUCAUUAUUCAAGUACCCAUGGCAUUAAACCAAACAGAAAGCAGGGUCAAACCACAGUAAACUGCCUGUCAAAUCUUUCUGGAGUAUUCAAAUAAUAACCAUACUGAUCAUGACACUAAAACCAAAGCAGCGUGGUUGUAAGGGAGUGCUAUGAUUUGAAUACACCGCAAGGAAAAGCAGACAGCCCAGUUUAGAGGUUUCAUUUCGCAUUUAGUCCAUAAAUAAUAAAUAUCCUUCCGUUAUGUUAAAAACGGCAUUACCAGGAGACAGGUGUUGAAUGACAUUGUUCUAAACACAAAGCCGUGUUCGGUUAAUGCUUUAACCCUCUUUAGCAACUGCACCUGUUAAUUUCAUGCAAGGGCUUCUUCAGACCCAGAGUACAGGGCUAUGGCGCGAGUUCAAUAGAAAAGCUGUACUUUACUUCUACACUGGUCUUCAGCUGCUUUCAGUCAUUCUGCAACACUACAGGGCAGUGUUGUGCCCCCUUUUUAGUAUUAUCAGCUGGCAAUGGUUCUGUAAUUGGAGUUAUACCAACAAGCUGCUGGUCAGAAAACUCUUUCAUUGCAUGUUGUUUUGUGAGGGAGUGCUUGGACUUCAAAACAUUGUAAAAAUAAUCUAAAAAAUCAAAUGAUUCUCACACACACACUAAGUAGGUAAGUGAUGUCACAGCAGAACCUUUGAACAUUUUAUUACAGUCUUAUACAUAAAGUUGUGUUCGCAUCGAAGGGGCGGGGAGUUGGGGUGUUUUCUUUCUAUAACUGAAUUUUUUUAUACUGUGUUGAUAACCAAGGAUUGUAUUCUGUAUGAGCUGCUAUCACUAGUAUCCUAUCUUAAGUAGUAUCACCAAAAGCUCUAAGCAGCUCUACUAAGGUUAGUAGCUCAUAAAGCACAUGACUCUAAGGCUUUAAAAACAUUUUAUAGCAUCCUAGCAUAACCGCAUUCUCCCCUUAAUGUUCUGCUGUUGAUCUAGAAUGUGUUUCCUCUUUGACUCCAGUAAAGCCAGUUAUCUGUCACAAUGCCAAUGUUGGCCCUUCAUAUCUCCUGUUUACUGCGUAUGUAAUAAUAGAAACUCGCUGUCCCUUGCUUGGUUUCCUUUGUGUACUGCAGUAUAAAGCAUAUGAGGAUCAAAGGAGCCCUAUUACUUGAACCGUAUACAUUUGGACUGUUAUUGUUUCCCCUCUGGUAGAUCAGAGAACAUCGGAUUAAACGGUUUUAACUGAGUGAAAUACCAGAAUUUUUUCAGGAUGUGAGGGUACAUUUGUGUUAUUGACAUGGAAAUAAAAUACUAAAUGCCAACUUUAAUAAUAAUGCUAGCCAUGCCUAUACCUAAAUACGUAUUGGUAAAUGAGAACUGCUAAAUGGAGUUUACCAAUCCAGGGUUAACAGCGGACUGAUUGUAGAGAAGUAUUCUGGAUAAAGUCCUGUGGCUUCAUUAAGUUUCACCACAUGACCGAGUUAGAGAAAAUUGCAAUGCCUGAGAAGACUAGAUUGCAGAGCCCAGGUCCCAUUUACUCUCUCUCAAACCCAUACUGUGAUAUCCAUUGAUUAAACCUGGACUCCAAGUCAUUCAUCACUCACACAUGUACACACACACAUAUCCUGUAAUGUAUACUGUUUUCCAGUAUGUAUUUAAAAAAAAAAAACACUUGUCAAAGAACUAGUAUUGCUGAACUUUCCUUAGCAGCAUCAAUCCAGUAUCUGUCAAUAACUGAGGUAUAUUUUAUGAUGUAAACAGCGGUGACUCACAGGCGUUUAUUUAUUUCUUUUUUAUUACAUUUUGUGAAUUUAAGCAAAUCGUCCCUGGUGGUAAACACCAGCAGUGUUAGUAUCUGUUCAAGAGCAGCUGUGUCCACAUCAUUUAAAUAACCCCACUGUUUCUUAAUUGGUUUUAGUAUCACUAUUAUAGAGCCACUAAGGAAAACAAAAAUAAUUCUGAAUGAAAUUCCAGAAUCAAAUAACUAUUGGAGUUAUUUGACCCAGGGUUUCAGGACCCAGUCUGGCAGGUUAAAGGUUCUGGCUACCUUGGCGUGUGAGUCUGCUUUUACAACACUGCUGCAUCGCUCUUUAACAAUGUGACCCAGUAACACUCAACAAUUUCACACCCCCUUUCGUUGCUGACUGUUUUCAGAUGAACAUUUAAAUAGUGUCUUAUUCCUUCUAACUCAUUUAUUCUUGUCCUCUUGGGUCACAUGGUGUGAUUGCAGUUGGAUCAUUUGAGUGACCAACAUCACAGGGAGUGGGCACAAGGAUAAAACACUCAAAUUCCAUGGGAUUUGUUUAAAAAUAAAAUGUAAAUGUAAAAUAAUCCAAGAACAAACUAAAGAUCAGCAUCACAUGAAAAGGGGUUAUAUCUGUAAUUGCUUUUGCAAGUAAGAGCUUAUAAAUUAGAUUUUGGUCAUCGAUUCUUUGAAUGAGUAUUUUGCCCAUUUGAUUUACACUUUUUGACAGAAAGGGGGUAAAAUUCAGAAACAUUUUAAAAAUACAACUAAAAGGAACCGUCUCUGUUACAGAAUGAAGAAGUAUGUGGCUGUAACAUUGUAGGUGAUCCCAGGUCAGGUUAUAGUUUCUAUUUGAAGGAGGCUCAUAGAGAAAGUGACUGGCAUAUUCACUGUUCAAUCACAGAUCUCUUCUCUUCUUGCUGCAGUCUCAGGCUGCGAUUUAUAGUUCAGGGUUAUAUGUUAAAAGGUCAUGUUUGUAAAAUAAAUGAAUUUAUAAAAAUGUUUACAUAAUUUCUGAAGAUAAAUUUGUUACAAUUUAACACUAGGAUGGUGUAUUAUUGGUCCCAGUAUAACAAAGCGGAACUGUUACUCCUCCUGUCGCUAAGUUACCAGUGUUGAAAAAAACUGUAAGAAAUUACUAAGCAUUGCUGUAGCGCCAGCAGGAUUACAAUACGUCUUGCAACAUCAUGAAAGCUACAGAUUGCCUGUAGUUUCUUGUAUUUUUUCCCGAGAUGUUCAAAUAAAGUGUCUGAUAUGCAGUGUUGUAAAUCCAUAGAGACACUUAGAGACCAUAGAGACAUUAUUUUGUUUUUUACCCGUUUAACUGUUGCAGAAAAGAACUAUGUUACUGUAUAGAAAAUAGGAUCCGGAGUCACAGAUUGGUUCUGUGGGUCCAGUAACACAAGGCCCCAGGUAUUCUGUGGAUAUGUACUAAUGUUGUGCAAAAUUGCUUUCUACAUUUCAUCAGAUGAUGGAAGAAAUUGAGGGAUCUGCAAUAUAUGAAGUUGUGUGUGGUUGUGGAAGGCUCCAGUCUUUUUUGUCUGUAAUUGGGUUUGUGUGUAGGGUUUGAUUUUCUGUUUGUUGAAUGUAUAUUUUUGUAUUGUUCUUUAUACAACUCAUGUAUAUCUAUUGUAUUUUACAAACAGUGCAGUCUGUAACUGCUUUACCUGCACUCUGUACUAUGCAACUGACCUGACAAUAUUUUCUAUAAAUUAUUUUCUAGUAUGUCCCCCUAAAUGUUUGAGUGAUGAAUGCAAUAAUGAGAUUUAUCCUUUUAUAGUUACAUUUAAGAAACUUUAAUCUUUGUAUUUAACUGAUUCAUUUUGUGUUGCUGUUUAUAAAUAAAGCAUAUUAUGCUAUCCA